AUGGCUUCGCUCGGCAGUUUCUUUAUCACCAAGUUUUCAGAAGAGGAUCAAUAUCCACGAGCCCCUAGACUAGAUCCACGCCUCGUGGUGGGACUCUUAUUCCCUUCUCAAAAUGUCAGAGAAAGAAUUCGCGAGGAGAGAGAAGAAGAAAAAGACAGACAGAGAAGAGAGAAAGAGAACAGAAGAAAACCGGUACAUCUGAAGCCCAUUACUGACGGAAACCAGUUAAUUCGCGAAGCGGAGGCUCGCCGUCGUGAAAGAGGUGGAAACGACAGGUCACCCAGACGUAGAGCUCACGGAGGUAGAGCUGCCGGCACAACCGAUUCAAUCAAGGAAUGCAAAAAAGAAAGGGAAGAAGAGAGCCAAAAAAAGCGAAAGGGCCCAGUCAGCGAACCACUUGUUGAAGACAAUUUCGUUACCCGCUGGCUCCGCAAGAAUGAACAGAGUCUAGGUCGGACACCCAUUACUAGAAGCAGAGAACAGCCUCUCCAAGACGGUAUCAUUCUUCUUGAAGAAAUAAAGGGAAGUAGACAAACCAAUUUGAGAGAGCCAAAACAAGAACACAAUCGGGACUCACAUAAUGACAGUAGAAGCCGAUCAUCUGUCGAAGACAUUAAUCUCUUACUCCGCCAAUUUGAGUUGGAUCGUCGUGCAAGAAGAGCAGGCGACUCCAAUCACCCAAUCAAGGAAGUAGAGAGCAGAAGAAGACCAAAUUUGAACAGAAAGAAAAGCAGUUCACCCAGACGCAGAGCUCACGGGGACUAUGAAUCUUCACAAAAUAGACGGAGAAAAGACUCGGAGGCGGACAGAAGAAAACAAUCAAGAAGAAGAAGCAGAAGCAGAUCUCCUUCGCAAAGAGCUCAUGAAGGUAGAGCUGCCAACACAACCGAUUCAAUCCGGGAAUGCAAUAGCGAAGCGGAGGAAGAGAGCCAAAGGAGAAGCAGAGAACAUGAAAGAAGAGAUGAAGAACACGACAAAAGAACAGUCAGCGGAAAAGUUCUGGCAAUGGAUGGCGGAAUGGAUGGAAUGGAGGCACAAUGGACACUCGGCAAGCGGUAUGCUCAUCCGAUUAGCGAGUACGCCAAAGCUGCUUGUGAGGAGGAAGGAUUAAUUUUCCAACUCCGGAACACAAAUUCCAGCUGGGAUCAAAAUGCACCUUCCCCGGUUUACAACUAUCUCCGAUUUGAUGGCAACUUUAGAGGCAAUGUGACGAUCGAAACGAUUCGUGAAGACCUGGAUAGAAUUAGUUUGAGAGAAAUGAAGAAACGAUGGCCAGCAGAUGUUGCUAUAGGACCCGACGAAGUCGCCCCAUACUUCAUUUACCAUGUCCCUGAAGGAGGAUAUGCAACGUUUGUCAGAACUAAGUUCCACAACGAUAUCAACUCAAUUAUGAUCUCGUCCGGAGCAGCCGUUUUGAAUAUGGGAAAUGAUGAAAACGGACCAAUCCGAAUUGCCGCAAAAUGUCUCUCUGAAAUUGAGAAAGCCAAAAAGUUGCUGGACGGACAUUUCCUCAACAUGAUUGGUCCCGUCACAACGGAGACCAAGAAACUGAGAAAAUCAGUUCAAAAAAUAGUUCAAGGCGGCAAACUGUACCGGAUCCAGGAGAUUCAAAGAACAACCGCUACAGAAAUAAUUGUUGAAUACAGAAAAUAUGGCCCAUGCCAAAAAAUGACAAUCGAAGGCACAGCGAGGAAUAUUGCAAGAGCAGUUCAAGAAAUAAAAGAAAUUACCUGCAAAGAUGUCUUGGAAAUUGACGAUAUUUAUGAAAUUCGAAUCAACCAUGAAGGAAGGCGAGGACUCCUCUAUAGAAGUUGUGAGCUACUCAAGCGCAUUAACAAUGUAAUCACAUGCAAGCUGGAUUUUGAGAUGAAUGAGCCAUUCGGAACUAUUUAUUUCUAUGGAGACAAAAAUCAAGCAGAAAUCGGACUUCGUAUGAUUAAUAAAAGAUGGAUAUUGUCUCAAGAUGGUGGGUUUUGA